UGAACAUGCGUGCGCACACGCAUUUUGGUAAGAGCGAAAGAGGACGAGAGAAAGAGAGAGAGAAAGACAAAGAGAGAGAGACAAGACAAAGCAUGCAGAUGGGAGCUGUUGUGCAAGCUGAUUGCUCAAAUUCAUCACGUCCAGCAAUGAGCGCGUCACCAGGAACAGGGGCGUUUAUGCUCUCCUUGAUGUCCAUCCCUAUCUGCUAUUUCUUCAACUGCCUUAUCUACAACAACAGUGCUGAAGCUUUCUUCUUUGCUGGCUGGACAGCACUGGUAAUCCUGAUCAUCUCAGCCUGUUUUAUGAUGAAGAAGAAGGCUCCAGUAGACCCUCUCUUCUAUGUGUACGCAGUGUAUGCAUUCCUCAGUGUGGUGAAUCUGAUUAUUGGACUGGAGCAAGACAAUAUAAUUGAUGGAUUUGUGACAUUUUACCUGAAGGAGGCAGAUCCACAUAUUAAUACAGCUCAUGGGCACAUGAUCUCCUAUUGGGAUGGCUGUGUGCACUAUCUCAUGUAUCUUCUCAUGAUUGCAGCAAUUACAUGGGGGGACAGUUACCGAGCAAUUGGACUCUACUGGGUGGGCUCUUUUCUCAUGUGCACCAUAGUCUGCAUUCUUGGGAGUGUUGUGGGAAAAUAUGGGACUCAAGUUAGUUAUCUCUUCAUCCUCCACAUGCUUUAUAUAUCAGUGUCUCUGUGGGCUUGCGUCCGCAUCUUCAGUCAACCAUCUACAUGUGAUGUAAAGUUAACAAACAUUCUGGAAGCUCAAAAGAAGAACUUGUUCCACAGACCUCUUGAUUUUCUGUUCAUCAUCUCCCUCAUCUCAGAACUGGCAUUCUGUAUCUUUAGAGGCCUGGUUGUUCUGGAUUGUUCCAGCAAAUGGUGUCAAGACUACACUCAUCAGUAUGAGCCAUACCUGAAAGAUCCUACAGCCUAUCCAAAAGUUCAGAUGCUGGUGAGCAUGCUGUAUUCUGGACCAUACUACAUCAUUGCCAUGUAUGGGCUGUUGGUCCCAGGAUGUGAAUGGAUGCCAGAUCUGACUCUUGUACACUCAGGAGCACUGGCACAGGCCCAGUUCUCUCAUAUUGGUGCAUCACUUCACACUCGGACACCGUUCUCCUACAGAGUGCCUGCUGAUAGCCAGCCUGUCUUCCUGCUGGUCAAUGUCCUGUACACGCUGGUGCCUCAGGUUCUGUGCUACCGCUGCUGCUCCCAGCCAGACUUCUUCCUCAGGCCAAUGGCAGAGAAAAAGAAUGAAUGAAUCAGUCUUUCAAGGGUACACAGAGUGCCACAGAUAUCAAAGAUGGUUGAAAAAGGCUCAAAUACUUGCAAAGCACUGCUCUUAUAGGCAGUUCCUGUGUUUUGAGAGAGCUUUCACCUUUAACAUCAAUGACAGCCAAGAGGAAGUGUUUGAAAUAUGACAAAGCAAACACACUUUGUGUUUAUGUUAUGCUGCUUAUUCUGAAAAUGUGAAUAUUUUUUUUUAAAAGUGUGCUUGUGUGGGUAAAAUAACCAAAAAACUGUCACUGUACUGUUUUAGACAGUUAUACUGUGUGGGAUUCAAACUACUUGACUCGCUCUUAUGCUUUGGUAUGUUUUUUCUGCUUUGCUUACAAAAAUAUACUUCUUGUCAAUGUUGAGGUUUAUUUGCAGUGCUUCUUUAGCUGUUGCUUGGCCAGUAAAGAGAUAAUUCAUGUGCCUAUGUUUUAAAUUUAACUAUAUAUUUAACAACAUAUAGUUAUUUUGGAUGAUGUUACUUUACUUUUAACAGUGUCACAAUUACAGCAAUGUACAAAAUCUACAUUAAGUUCAAAAAGUUUAAAAAUAUUUAUACUGUUGCAAUGUCUGUAAAGUCAGAUGUAGAGAUUUUUUUUCUUCAUACAUUGUAGCCGCAAACAUUGUA